AUGACGGAAAGUGAUGGACUAAGGGUUCAGAGGCGUGUACCAGUCCGGAAAAGGAGUUUAUCCUCAGGAAAUAGUCUCCUUACUCCAGCUAACAAGAGGCCCAGCAGUAGCAGAGAAGAUGUGGAAAUAGCAUCUCUUUGUCAUACUGUGGGCUAUAGACACAAAGACCACAAAGAAGAAAGUAACAUGUAUUCAAGCAGUCAGGAUUGCGGCAGUGAUGAUGACAUGUUUGGGGAAUAUGACAGCUUUGCUGAAGAUCCAUCUUUGCUGGCACAGGUGGAAGAUUUGGAGGAAAAAUGUAAGCAGGAGACUGCAAGUACUUUCCCCUGCACUUCUGCAGACAUCAAACUGGACACAAUUAGUCAUACUUCAACACCAAAUGCAAGUUUUAAACUGCCAGGUGAUCAACCACUACCACAGCAAAUAAAGCAAAGGACGUUGCCUCUAAAACUGAAAGAUGAAUCAGAAGAACUUACAGAGGAUUUUUCAGAUGAUCUUCCUUGCUCACAGCUUCUUCAUUGUGAAAAUGUAAAUCAAAAUGUAGAUCCAGAAAUGUCCGCAAUGAAGCAAUCCAUAUAUGAUAAUGACUUGUCUACUGAUGCUUUAGAUCACCUUAACAAAGGUGAUGAUGCAGACACCAAAAAAACAUCCAUCUUACCCCAAAAGGAUCAAAAAAGAAAGAGUUUAAGGGACAGUCUUAAAAAUACAUUAACUGGGAACGCUAAAGUCCAAACUCCACAAGUUUUGAGGACUAAGCAAAUAAAGGAAACUAUUCUUUUAGAAGAACUUGAUGUUGCCAAAAAGACUGUAGAAAUUUCUUCCAACAUAGAUUUGGGACCUUUCUAUGGCUUGCCCAGCAAAGUUGCCGACCUUAUUGAGGAGCUCAGAGGAAUUAAAAGACUUUAUGACUGGCAGCAUACGUGUCUGACUCUGGAUUCCCUAAAGCAGAGAAGAACCUAAUUUAUUCAUUACCAACAAGUGGAGGCAAAACACUUGUUGCAGAGAUUGUAAUGCUACAGGAGCUUCUGUGUAGAAAAAAAGAUGUUCUAAUGAUCUUACCAUAUGUGUCCAUUGUUCAGGAAAAGGUGCGAGGCCUAUCUAGCUUUGGGGUGGAACUGGAAUUUUUGAUAGAGGAGUAUGCUGGCAGCAAAGGAAGAUUUCCUCCAAUCAAAAGAAGAGCAAAAAAAAUCUCUGUACAUUGCAACUAUAGAAAAAGGUCACAGCCUUGUGAAUUCACUGAUUGAGACGGGACGAAUCAGCGAUUUAGGUUUAGUUGUUGUUGAUGAGUUGCAUAUGUUGAGUGAGGGGAGCAGAGGUGCAAUUUUAGAAAUGACUCUGGCUAAAAUUCUCUACACCAGUGAAAACACCCAAAUUAUUGGAAUGAGUGCAACCUUAAACAAUGUCGGUGAACUGCAACAGUUCCUGAAGGCAGAAUAUUACACAGACACCUUCAGACCUGUGGAACUGAAGGAAUAUGUUAAACUGAAUGAUUGUAUAUUGAGGUUGACAGCAAGGCUGAAAAUAACUUGACUUUAUCACGUCCUCUUAACUACAAGUAUUCAAGUAAUAUGCUGAGACUAGAUCCCGAUCACAUUAUUGCCCUGGUGACCGAAGUCAUUCCUAAUAAUUCCUGUUUGGUCUUCUGCCCUACCAAAAAGAACUGUGAAAAUGUUGCAGAGAUGGUCUGUAAAUACCUCAACAAAGCAUACUUAGAUUACAGAGAAGCCGAAAAG